AUGCGCAAGCUGCCUUCCUCCGCGAGCGCCGGCAAUCUCCGGCAGCUCGUCGACUCGGUCGUCGUCGCUAGCAACACGUCUGAGUACUCGAGCAAUGGCUCCUCGACGUCCAUGCCGUCCUCGGGCAGCGCGAGACCUGGUCCCAGUGGGGCCGAAGACCGAGGCGGCAAGAAGAGCUUGGCUUAUCUACACACCAAGCCGCACCGAAAUCUGCAGGACAAGCUCGGGAAAUCCUACGAGCGUCGCAUCUGCAGGUACUGCGACGUCAUCUUCUCGUUCAGAGGAGGCACCACGAGCGCCGCCCUGCGUCACCUCAAGAAGGCCCACCCGGAGAAGCUCGUGCUCAGUGGAGACAGCAGUGACGCUCAAAGAGCUUCGACUGUUGUGACUACUAGGGGCUCGUCUUCAAGGACUGGAGCGAAUCCUCCUCAAGUCGUGGAAGAGCAGACGGUGGCGUCGUCGACGGCUUCGGAAGGAGAGACCGACGAGAACAGGAACACAGAUGCCAAUACCAUGGGCGAGUCAAGGGUGAACGACCUAGAUGAAGAUGAUACGUCGGUGAUGUUCGAGACGGAAACCCCCACCCCCACUAUCGACCAGGGACGAGCGACUUCAAAGAGAAAACGUGGGGAUGACGACUACAGCGCGGCGGGUGUUACGGCGCCGUCCUCAUCCAGCCUUGGGGAUGUUCUCGGGGAGGCUCAGCCUGGCUCGUCGUCGAAGCUUACCGCUAGUCAAACAGCGAUCGUGCACUUCCUGCAACAUUACGCUAAUGAGCUACCGCAGCCGGCGAUGCGGCUGCGGCUCGCCAAGCACCUGACUCGCAACGUCGGCGAGGCUGAAAUGUACAACGUUCUCGACCCCGCCACACAACUCGAGUACGUUCGUGAGUUCGCCCAACUACCGCCGCCACAACGAGCGUAUUCGUCGAAGUAA